CUCGGUCCUGUCCUGUUCUCUCCACUCCUAAAGUAGUGCAUCUGCUUGAACGUCAGAAUUUUAUGCUUCCGUUGUGGGAACGAGCUGUAGUUGGGUCUCCAGGUGUUCUCUUCCCUAAAGUUUAUCUGUAUAGUCACGUCGCCUGCGUGUCCCCUUGGCUGUGCCUGCUGAGCGUGGAGAACUGAGGCCCGGGCCUCCUGAGUAGAGACGGGGACUUAGUAGGUAAACUUAGAGACCAAAGAGCUGCGGCAGGCUGAUGGGUCUUGGCCUUCUAGAGUCUUGUGUGCUAGUGUCCUAGUGACUAAACGCUUGGCAGCCCCCAAGGUGGAUCCUUUCUCCACUCUAAAGUAGAGGCUUUGACUUGAAUAAACAGGUGGUGAGCUCAGACAGGUGAAGGUAAGUGCCUGUAGCAGGGUGGAGACUUCUCCCUUCCAGCGUGGGUUCCUUUUCUUCACUGCGUGCUGUUCCUCUCCCCUCUGCUUCCUACCCUCUGGUUCAUUUUAAGACUUUGACUGUAAACAGAGAACUGAAGUGAAUAUUACUUAAAACCUGGUGGAAGCUGAACUGGAUCCAUGUUUACUCAACUGUGAAUCAAGUCUAAGGGCUUAAACAUGUCCUUGCAAACCACUUAGGUCUGAAACUAUUUUCUGAAAGGUGGUUGAUUCUCUGAAUCUUAAAAUGAGGGUUCCGAGAGUUCACGUGUGUCGAAUGGACUUCUAGUUCACAUCCACACAUGGGCGCGCUCACCGCCCCAAGCUUGCGGUGUGCUGUUCAGACCCGACCCGGGGCCUCCAGCCGCCUUCCAGCCUCUGCUGCCUACCCAGCCUCUGUUUCUGCCCCCCUCCCCCCCCCCCAGCAGCUCUGGACUCAUUGGCUCAGAGCUUUGCCCCCAUCUUUGUCAUACACAGAUGGCUCUGCUUGGGUAGGACCCUGGUCUCCUCGAUGCGCUGCAUGUCCUCCUAGAUCGUACAGUGGCGCCAGAGAAAGCCGUGCCCUAAACUAAAACUCUCUUUCCCCCUUAAGCUCUUAGUGGUGCUUGGGAGCCGUGCUGUGCUGUCGUGGUUUCUUGCACAUGCCCCCUCAGUCACCAAGUCUUGCUAAUUCCCUUGCAUCAUCUUCCUGUCCUGUUCUGUGACCUGCCUCUUUCAUCUGAGUUAUCGCAGGUGUUUCUUAACGCCUGUCCUGCCUCCACUCCUGCAGCGUAAACCUGUCCUUCUUCCACUGGCGGUGAUCUUUCUGUCAUGUCUGAUCAUGGUCUUCCCUGCUGACCCCUCCUACUCAGCCUCUCUUUCAGAAGACACUCUAUUUUAUUUGGGGGUAAAAUACAAAGGCGUAGCAUCUGUGCAACACUGUCGAUGGUCUGAUCUGUGUUCUUCUGCCCAGCAUGUUGAAGGCCUCCCUCCGCACAAUGACUUUGUUUCUGCGUGGCUGACGCCUUUAAGUUCCUCGAGACUCUGCUCCUGUAGCGCCUCUUGCAGAACUUCUCUGUUUAUCAGAACUGCCUGUCCCCGCGCCUUUCUGUUGAGACCCUGUGUGUCCAGUGCUCGCCCGGGCGUGCUCACCUUGUCUGUCAGUCCUUCUGUCUUCAGGAGGGACACCGUGCAGUACCUUGGUCACAGGAGCUCUGUGCUUCCGUGUCAGUGAAUCAAGACUUGCUGCAUUUUGUUGUCCCCGUAGGUUUCCUUGCAAAUGACUUGGGGGCAGGUGUUAAUCCUGUGUGGAGAAUGUGGUGGAUGUUUAUUAGAAUUUUCUUGGUUGGUAAUCAAUUGUAUGCAUUGAAAUGCAGCCUGUUCCCUUGUAACUCGUGUGCUUCUUUGAAGGUUAUUCAGCUUCUGAAAGCCGGGAAAGCGAAGGAAGUGUCCUACAACGCGCUUGCCUCGCACAUCAUCUCGGAGGACGGGGACAAUCCGGAGGUGGGAGAGGCCCGUGAAGUCUUUGAUUUGCCUGUCGUCAAGCCUUCUUGGGUGAUCCUGUCCGUUCAGUGUGGAGCUCUUCUCCCAGUAAAUGGCUUUUCUCCAGAGUCGUGUCGGAUUUUUUUUGGAAUCACAGCCUGCCUCUCCCAGGUGUCGCCUGAGGACAGAAGCGCUCUGUGGGCGAUGCUUACCUUCCACGGGGGCGGCUGCCAGCUGAACCUCAACAAGAAGUGCACGCACCUGGUUGUUCCCGAGCCAAAGGGGGAGAAAUACGAGUGUGCUUUGAAGAGAGGCAGCAUUAAGGUCGUGACCCCCGACUGGGUCCUGGAUUGCAUCUCCGAGAAGACCAGGAAGGACGAAGCCCUCUAUCAUCCCCGCCUCGUCGUCUACGAGGAGGAGGAGGAGGGGGAGGAGGAGGGGGCGGGCGAUGAGGAGCCGGACUCCCCGCACGAGGGCAGCACGGACGGGAAGUCCAGCCCGGCCAGCUCUCAGGAGGGCUCCCCCUCCGGCGAGCCGCCGUUCUCACCCAAGUCGCGUGCUGAGAAGUCCAAAGGGGAGCUGAUGUUCGACGACUCCUCAGACUCCUCGCCGGAGAAGCAGGAGAGGAACUUAAACUGGACGCCCGCAGAGGUCCCCCAGCUGGCGGCGGCAAAGCGCCGGCUGCCCCCUGGCAAGGAGCCUGGGCUGAUUAACCUGUGCGCCAACGUGCCGCCCGUGCCCGGGGGCAUCCUGCCGCCUGAGGUCCGCGGGAGCUUGCUGGCGCCGGGACAGAGCCUGCAGGGCCCUGAGAGGCCCGAGGUGAUGGCCACCUGGAGUCCGGCUGUCCGGACACUGAGGAACAUCACGAACAACGCCGACAUCCAGCAGAUCAGCCGCCCCUCCAACGUGGCACACAUUCUGCAGUCCCUCUCGGCGCCGACGAAGACGCUGGAGCAGCAGGUGAACCACAGCCAACAGGGCCCUCCGGGCGCGGUGCUCCUCGGCCAGGUGAAGGUGGCCCCAGAGCCGGCCCCGGCGCCGCACCCCGUCCUGCACCUGCAGCCCCAGCAGCUCCUGCAGCUCCAGCAGCAGCACCUGGCGCAGCCGCCCUACCCCCCGCCUCCGCCGCACCCAUUCCCGCCGCCGCAGGCCCACCCGCACCCGUUCCCCCAGCAGCCCCUGCAGCGGCCGCAGCCGCCCCUGCAGCAGCAGCAGCUCGCCCACCUGCAGCAGCAGCACCUCCAGCACCUGCAGCGCCUGCAGCAGAUGCAGCAGAUCCAGCCAACGCCGACAGCACAGCCGCCUGGCCCGCCUGCCCAGGCCCUGCAGCCCCCGCCGCCCCAGGCGCAGGUGCAGCCCCCGCUGUUCGGACACGACCCGGCGGUGGAGAUCCCAGAAGAAGGCUUCUUACUGGGAUGUGUGUUUGCAAUCGUGGAUUAUCCAGAGCAGAUGUCUGACAAGCAGCUGCUGGCCACCUGGAAAAGGAUCAUCCAGGCGCACGGAGGAGCCGUGGACGCCACGUUCUCUAGCCGCUGCACCCACCUGCUCUGCGAGAGUCAGGUCAGCGGGCUGUUUGCGCAGGCGAUGAAGGAGAGGAAGAGGUGCAUCACGGCGCACUGGCUGAACACCGUCCUGAAGAAGAAGAAGCUGGUGCCGCCCCAUCGGGCCCUGCACUUCCCCGUGGCCUUCCCCCCAGGGGGCAAGCCGUGCUCCCAGCACAUUAUCUCUGUGACGGGGUUCGUUGACAACGACAGGGACGACCUGAAGCUGAUGGCGUACCUGGCAGGCGCCAAGUACACAGGCUACCUGUGCCGGAGCAACACGGUGCUCAUCUGCAGAGAACCGACUGGUUUAAAGUAUGAGAAAGCCAAAGAGUGGCGGAUCCCGUGUGUGAACGCCCAGUGGUUGGGGGACAUCCUGCUGGGGAACUUUGAGGCCCUGCGGCAGACGCAGUACGGCCGCUACACCGCCUUCGGCCUGCAGGACCCCUUCGCCCCGACCCCGCAGCUGGUGCUGAGCCUUCUGGAUGCUUGGAGAGUUCCAUUGAAAGUGUCAGCAGAGUUGUUGAUGGGUGUAAGACUACCUCCCAAACCAAAGCAGAAUGAAGUAACUAAUAUUCAGCCUUCUUCCAAAAGAGCCAGAAUUGAAGAUAUUCCACCUCCCACCAAGAAGUUAACACCGGAACUGACCCCUUUUGUGCUUUUCACUGGAUUUGAGUCUGUUCAAGUUCAAGAGUACAUAAAGAAGCUCUACAUCCUGGGUGGGGAGGUGGCCGAGUCCGCACAGAAGUGCACCCACCUCAUCGCCAGCAAGGUGACGCGGACGGUCAAGUUCCUGACGGCCAUCUCCGUGGUGAAGCACAUCGUCACCCCAGAGUGGCUGGAGGAGUGCUUCAAGUGCCAGAAGUUCAUCGACGAGCAGAACUACCUUCUCCGAGACGCGGAGGCCGAGGUGCUUUUCUCCUUCAGUCUGGAGGAGUCCUUGAGGAGGGCCCACGCUGCUCCGCUCUUCAAGGCGAAAUACUUUUACAUCACUCCUGGGAUCUGCCCGAGUCUGUCAACCAUGAAAGCAAUUGUGGAGUGUGCAGGAGGCAAAGUGUUGUCUAAACAGCCGUCUUUCCGGAAACUCAUGGAACAUAAGCAGAAUAAGAGUUUGUCAGAAAUAAUUUUAAUAUCCUGUGAAAAUGACCUUCACUUGUGUCAAGAGUAUUCUGCCAGAGGAAUAGAUGUUCACAAUGCAGAGUUUGUUCUCACUGGAGUGCUCACUCAGACACUGGACUACGAGUCGUAUAAAUUCAACUGACGCCCCGCGCUGCUGCCAGGACCGCGGCCUGCCCCCGGCCCGCGCCCGCAGACGCCCUUGUUUUCCAGCUGCUUUCUUCAGGACAAGCGUUUUUAAAGCAGGAAGACAAAUAUAUUAAAUAUGUUGCAUCUUAUUAAGAUGUGUAAUAUUAUUCUGAGGAAACAUAAAUUAUGUUUUGUAUUAUACGACUUUUAAGAGCCCGCAUUAGGUUUUAUGAUUCAUUUGCUGGGUUUUUAAAUGUUUUCACAACACUGUUAAUGGAACUUUAGCUGCAAAUAGAAAUGAUGUAAAUAAAGACCUUGCUAUCUCUAAAUUAUGGAUGUUAAAGAUUUGAAAUGUUUUGUACUUUUAUUUUUAUUUCUUAUACUCUUUUCUUUUAUAUUGAAAUCUUGCCCACAUUUUAAAUAAAUGUACUUUUG